CCUCCUCCCGUGUGCUCCGCGGCUCGGCCUCCUCCCCCCGCUGCCGUGGACCGACGGAACAUUCCCCGUCUUCCUGGACUCCGCGGCGGAGGAUCGCGGCCACGAAACGAAACGAGCCGAAGACACGACGGAUUCAAACACCUCAUGACACUCUCCAAGAGCACGUAAGGUCGAUGUUGGGUCGCGGUGUGAAGCGGAAGUGGAGCUGCCUGGAGGAGCUGGAGGUCGAGAUGCUCCCUGCAGCCGCUGCAGAGAAGGAGAAGAAUGGCGAGGAGGACGGGGAAGAUGAGGGCGGGCUCCUCGUGGGUCCGUCCAAAUCGGACAUGAGCCACCUGCAGCAGCGUCAGCUGGUGCUCGGCCUCUGCCUGGAGAAGCUGCAGGGCUACCAGGCCGGCAUGGAGCUCAGCCUGCGGCGCUCCGUGCUGCUCAUCAACACGCUCAGGCAGAUCCAGGAGGACAUGCAGAGCGACGGGGUGGGAACAUCGGAGGUACUCCUCAACGGCGUCCACCCUGACUCCUGCUUUCUCAGGGAAGACUUCAGGGAGGACAUGCCGGUCACGUGCCCCGGCUGUGCAGAGGGUGAUGGGGACAACCUGUCUCUGCCACUGUCCCCAGAGCUUUCCUCCCACGAGGAGGACAGCUCGGCCGACCAGCAGAAAUCACUCCCCGCUGCGACGGUCAACGCUUUCAGUGAUGCAGUAAACACCAUGGGCUACCUCAGCGACCUCGCCCUGGACGACAUCUUUGAGGACAUUGACACAUCGAUGUACGAGACUUCAGAUCUGCCUUCUGCCUGGGCGGCGGGCUCCCUGUGGCCCGUCAGCGUGUCGCUUUGGACGGAUGAAGACGUUAAAAUGCGCCCUCCCGGUCACGCCUCGGCCGGGAGUCUCCAGUCCUGUCUGAUGGACCUGAACGAGCUGGACCACAUCAUGGAGAUUCUGGUAAAAUCUUGAUCGCAGAUGAACUCCUGAACAUUUCCUGCACUUUGUUGAUCAAGGACUCGAGUCUGAUUGCAGCUGAGGAGGCCGACGGCGGAGGCGGGGAACAAGGACUGAUUGGAGGGUCCUUGGAUUUUUAAGGCUUCAUCUGAUAUUUUGGUUCAAAAACUUCACUUAGUUUUUUGUCCAUUCCUACGCAUAUAACCAAUUUAUAAGAAACCAUCUGACAUUUUGAGUUAUGUGCAUGAACCUUUGCCUCAAAUUUACCGUUUGACCCUUUGAAACUUGGAGCAACGUUAUUUUCCGAGUGCUGCUUUCAGAUGCCUUUUCAUAAUAUUCA